AUGCUUCUCCUCGACUACCAGAACGUCCUCAUUGAAUCGCUGCUAAGAGAGCGAUUCACGGGCGGAGCACCCACCUCAAUCGACCAGGUCGUGUCCGACUUCGACGGCGUUACAUUCCACAUCUCCACUCCCGAAACCAAGUCCAAGAUCCUCGUUUCCAUACAUGUCAAGUGCUUCGCCGAGCUGGUCCAAUACGGUGCCCAGGCUGUUCUAGAGCGCGAAUAUGGUCCCUACAUCGUGGCCCCAGAGACGGGCUACGACUUUUCGGUGGAGGUAGACCUUGAGAACCUUCCGGAGGACCAGGAAGGAAAGGAUGACCUGGUCAAGAGCAUAUCACUGCUCAAGCGUAAUGCUAUGGCUGCACCGUUUGAGCAAGCUUUCGACGAGUUCCAGCACCUACAGGAGGAAGCUUCAAAAUACACGUCCGAGUCAGCGCCACAGGGUGUCAAGGAGGGCGGCGAAGUGCGAGCGAUCCACUACCGAGAAGAGGAAGCCAUCUACAUCAAGGCCAGCCACGACAGGGUUACUGUCAUUUUCUCCACUGUAUUCCGGGAAGAAACGGACAGAAUCUUUGGCAAGGUCUUCCUGCAAGAAUUCGUUGACGCCCGACGGAGAGCAAUCCAGAAUGCGCCGCAAGUACUGUUUAGGAACGAUCCUCCGCUAGAGCUCCAAGGCAUUCCGGGGGUGGACAACUCUGGUUCAGCUGAGAUCGGCUACAUUACCUUCGUUCUAUUCCCUCGUCAUCUCACAGCCCAGCGACGAGCAGACGUCAUCUCACAUAUCCAAACCUUCCGCGACUACUUUCACUACCACAUUAAAGCUUCCAAGGCCUAUAUUCACUCGAGAAUGCGAAAGCGGACAGCCGACUUCCUGCAAGUUUUGCGCCGCGCUCGACCGGAGGCAGAGGAGAAGGAGCGCAAGACUGCAAGUGGACGCACGUUCAAGCGCCUCCCAUUACCACGGCAUGUUAUGAUACGAUCUUCUCUCCGCAACUUCGUAAGAGCUAUGGCUUCUCCAGAUCCAAAGCGCGUCCCAAUUCCCCGAAAUGGCGUUGACUACCGCGGAAAAGUGGUUCUUGCGCCCAUGGUGCGCUCAGGCGAAUUGCCAUCGCGGCUACUGGCGCUGAAAUACGGCGCAGACUUGGUAUGGGGCCCAGAAACCAUCGAUCGCGCCCUCAUAGGCACCACUCGCCACGUGAACCCGCACACCUCUACCAUCGAAUUCACACGCCUGCCUACGUCGAAAGUGAGAAAUCCUGCGCUCGACCCUGAGAUGCGCGAAAGCGUCAUAUACCGCAUACACCCCGAGCUCGAGAAGGGCAAGCUCAUCUACCAAAUUGGAAGCGCAAACCCGGAGCUCGCUGUUCAAGCCGCAAAGCUAGUUGCGCCGGAUGUCGCUGGAAUAGAUCUGAACUCUGGGUGUCCAAAGCCAUUCUCAACAGCUGGCGGAAUGGGUGCUGCGCUGCUCAAGACUCCGGACUUGCUUUGCAAUAUCCUGACGAGCCUGGUUGAAGAGGUGGGCAAGCCGUUUGAGAUUGGGAUUAGCGUGAAGAUUCGAAUUUUGGACAAGCAGGAGGACACAGAAGCGUUGGUGAAGAGACUGGUGAAGACGGGCAUCACAGGCUUGACCGUGCACUGCCGUACGACACCUAUGCGGCCUAGGGAGAGGGCCAUCAGAGAUCAGCUGAAGAUGGUGGGCGACAUUUGCAGAGAAGCAGGUGUUGCCUGCUUGAUGAACGGCGAUGUAACAUCAAGAACCGAAGCACUCAAGCUUGCCGAGGAAUUCGGCGUCGACGGCGGAAUGAUUGCGACUGAAGCAGAGAAGAACCCGAGCUGCUUCAGGCCAGACGCAGAAGGAGGACCGCACGAGUGGCGAUCGCAGUGGAAGACGGUGGUCACGGAGUACAUGCGUUUCGCGCUGCAGGUCGAGAACCGCUGGGGCAACACGAAGUAUUUGCUCGGUCAGAUGAUACCUGGAAAGGACAAGUGCUAUCAGGCUAUGAACAAGGCCAAGUGCUAUGCAGAUGUCAUCCAAGCUUUGGGCCUGCAGGAUGUGGAUAAUCUACUUGAAGACGCAAAAACAGUGGACGAGCAUUUGGGCAUACCACCUCAGGAAUCGAGGGCUUCAAAAAGAGCAAGAGUGAAGGAGGCGAAGCCCGAAAAUGAGAAGAAACAGGCACAUGAGCAAAAAGAGAAGCGAAGAGCAGACGCGGAGAACGACCAGGCAGCAAAACGGGUUAAACUUCCCGAGGCGCCAGCAGAACUCGCGGUCCUGCCGCAGGAAUCAUCUGCUCCUGCGGCGUUGAGCGUAUAG